AAAGCGGGACACGCGUUUUAAAGAGCUCGCGGUGCUGAUUCAUCACGAUCGGGGCUUCCUCACACACACACACACACACACACACAGCCAUGAUGACAGCGAGCAGACAAAGGGCUCUUCGAUACACACUCACACACCCCGAUCCGUGAUCAGUCGCCGGUUCUGAUCGGUUCUCAUCGGCUCUGAUCGUCGCUUUCCAUUUGAAACGCUUGCAGAAAUCAUUCGGCUCGCGUUAUAUUUAUAGAGAGAGUGUGUGUGAGUGCGUGUGCGUGUGUGUGUGUGUCUCCUCUAGUCAGCCAGAGGUUACACAGCCACACAAACGCGCGGAUCCGUGAGGAACCGAACCUGCAGGUUCAUCGGAACCGGAUCGAGAUCUGCGUGGCUUGGCAGCGGUUCCUCGUGGCAUGACGACCACUAACAAAGGAAACAAGGCCUUGAAGGUGAAGAGGGAGCCCGGUGAGAACGGGACGAGCCUGACGGACGAUGAGCUGGUGUCCAUGUCGGUCCGCGAGCUCAACCAGCACCUGCGCGGCCUGACCAAAGAAGAGAUCCUUCAGCUGAAGCAGCGCCGGCGGACACUGAAGAACCGGGGCUACGCCGCCAGCUGCCGCGUCAAGCGUGUCACGCAGAAGGAGGAGCUUGAGAAGCAGAAGGCGGAGCUUCAGCAGGAAGUGGAGAAGCUGGCUUCAGAGAACGCCAGCAUGAAAGUAGAGCUGGACGCGCUGCGCUCCAAAUACGAGGCUCUGCAGAGCUUCGCCAGAACUGUGGCCCGAGGGCCCGUGGCCCCGGUUUGUAACCCCCGCGGGCCCUUGUCCUCCGUCAUCGGGCCCCUCAUUCCCGGGAAGGUUGGAGCCACCAGUGUUAUCACGAUAGUCAAAUCGAAAACCGACGCGAGGUCUUAGUAGCGCACAGAGAGCAAGGGUUGGUCAGUGCAUGAGGGUUUAGGUGCGGGACGCUCGUUUCACAGCAGACUGAUGGAAAACCUCUUCGGUACUCUCUAAUGUGGGCUUCUUCUGGGUUACGAAAGAAGGAAAGCACAUUUAGGACGGUCAAUCCACUUGGGCUUCCAAAAAGAUCUCCAAAUUGCGAAACUCGAAUCGAAAACCAUGCAGCCAAAUUUUCCUGGUGGAUGUGUGUUGUAUUGCUGUGAGAUUUGUAAUUUUGUAAAAUCAUCGGCGACUUUCUAUCGUGCGUUUCAUGGGGUCCAAGUGUUUCCUUUGUCAUUGUAAUAUUGUACUUUUUAUACAGUGUUUGUGUUGAUUUCCUCUUCGUAUGUGCUGUUAUGCGCCAUUUUUCCGUCCUUUUGUUUUUUUACGGACUGCAGGCACAAAACACUUUAAACCGUUCGGACUUCCAAACUCUUCCGCCGUCUGAAGGAAAAGCUUUCUGAGGUAGGAGAGUAUCAGCCAAUGAGAAGCUUCCUUUACCUGAGCCUCAUUAUGCACUGACCAAUCGCUGACGGGCAGGAGGAGAGGAGGCGGAGUCAAAUCAGCUGAUGUUGUUCAUAUGGUAGCUAUCAGAAUAUCUGUCACCAGUUUAUGUGCUCCAGUCGUCCCGUUCAGGACAGGAGAUCGUUUAUUGGCAACGCAGUAACAGGUUUAUGUUAUGUGA